AUGUCGCGACGCGCAUUCUUUCAAUUUUGUCAUGUGGUCGCGCAGACAUCACAGCAUAGUCAGCCAUCAGCGGUGACCGGUGUCACAUCAUCUCUCUUGACUCCAACCACCACUCGUAAUCCAAAUGCAGAUCUUCACACCAUCGACAACGUCAAGGCCAAGAUUCAGGACAAGGAGGGCAUCCCUCCUGACCAGCAACGUCUGAUCUUUGCGGGCAAACAGCUCGAAGAUGGUCGCACUCUUUCUGACUACAACAUUCAGAAGGAAAGCACUCUCCACCUUGUUCUUCGUUUGAGGGGAGGCAUGCAAAUCUUCGUGAAGACUCUGACUGGAAAGACGAUUACACUUGAGGUCGAGUCUUCGGAUACCAUUGACAACGUCAAGGCCAAGAUUCAGGAUAAGGAAGGUAUCCCCCCGGACCAACAGCGUUUGAUCUUUGCUGGCAAACAGCUUGAAGACGGGCGUACACUCUCCGACUACAAUAUUCAGAAGGAAAGCACUCUCCAUCUUGUGCUUCGUCUGAGGGGAGGUAUGCAGAUCUUCGUCAAGACCCUCACCGGCAAGACCAUCACGCUGGAGGUGGAGUCUUCUGACACCAUCGACAACGUCAAAGCCAAGAUCCAAGACAAGGAAGGAAUCCCUCCGGACCAACAGCGCCUUAUUUUUGCUGGCAAGCAACUCGAGGAUGGUCGUACUCUCUCGGACUACAACAUCCAGAAAGAGAGCACCCUCCAUCUUGUGCUUCGUCUGCGGGGUGGCAUGCAAAUCUUCGUCAAGACCCUCACGGGAAAGACCAUUACCCUCGAGGUUGAAUCGUCGGACACGAUUGAUAAUGUCAAGGCCAAGAUUCAGGAUAAGGAGGGCAUCCCACCUGACCAACAGCGUCUUAUCUUCGCUGGCAAGCAGCUGGAAGAUGGUCGUACUCUCUCUGACUACAACAUUCAGAAGGAGUCUACCCUCCAUCUAGUGCUUCGUUUGCGUGGUGGCCAGUAG